CGUGCGCCCUCCGCAGACAGUCAAGGCAAAAGACACACGGCUCAUCCGCUCGCCUCCCCAUUGACGUCAGUCCGGUAUCACAUGAACGAGCAGGGACCAAUCGGCGCGGCGCAACUGGAGAGUGCUGGCUCCUUUACACCAAGAUAGGGGAAAGACUGAAUAAAAGGAAAUCGUGCCAGUGAGCCUGUAAUGACCACAAACCCCCCGGAUGAGCCCUGAGCCGCCGCCAUUGGAUAUUUCCUCACUUUUCUCUUCAUUCCCAUGUGUUCCUCGCGGUGGAUUAUUGUGUUUGGCACUGGGUCGAACGGAAUGGAUAAGGCCAUGGCCCUAACAUAGCCUAUUGAAUAGCUCGUCGGUGGUGGGGGGUGGAGGCGAGACGCGCACAGUGGAGACAAUUUAUGGGGCAUUGUGCGGGAGGAAAAUGGUGGAUUAUUUACACUGUAUCAUAAAAACCUUCCCCCGGCUGGAGAUCCGGACAUAGGACGCUGUCUGCGGCAUUCUGCGCCUGUCUGCCGCGUAUACAGACCCCAGGUCGGUAGGUAGGUACCCCCCUCCAGCUCGAUCCCAGCGACCUUAUCCAUUUCUAUUUGAUAUAUACACGGAAGGAUUCUUGUAUCGUUUCGACGAGUUCACCCCUCCCCCCUGAGAGGAACAUUUGGAAACAAUAAACUGUUGGAUUAUUAAACUAUGGAUUUCAACAGCGGCGGAGGGGGGGGUGCUAACGAUCUGCACAACAACCAGUUCUAUCAGUGCGAGGAGAACAAGCCUCUGCUGGGGGAGAUGUCGGAGGGGAACAACAACAGCAAGCCGAGCGCGGGGCUGGGCAAGAGGACCCUGCUCCACUGCAGCAGCAGCUGCAUGCGCUACAAGCUGCUGCACGAGGGGGACAUCCAGGUGUGCGUGGUCAAACACCCCCGCACCUUCCUCAGCAAGAUCCUCACCUCCAAGUUCCUGCGGAGAUGGGAGCCGCACCACCUCGCGCUCACAGACAGCAGCCUGUCAUCCGCCACCCCCACUGGUUACAUGGAGACGUCGUUGUCCUACAGCUCCAUAGAAGACCUGCAGCUCCUUUCAUGGGACAAUGCUCCAAAGUACUGUGUCCAGCUCAGCUUCCCUGGAGGAACCGUCCUGCUGCAGGCUGCAAACAGCUACUUGAGAGACCAGUGGUUUCAUUCUUUGCAGUGGAAGAAAAAGAUCUACAAGUACCGGAAGGUCCUGAACAACCCGAGCCGCUGGGACGUGGUUCUGAAGGAGAUCAGAGCACUGGUGGACAUGGCUCUGAGCUCCCCCCUGCAGGACGAGUCCAUCCACCAGGCCCCCCUGCACAUCAUCUCCACCCUGCUGGCUGAGAACUCUCACCUCAGCACUCAGGAUCAUGAGAACAUCAUUGUGGCCAUUGCUCCUCUUCUGGAGAACAACCACCCACCACCUGACCUGUGUGAAUUCUUCUGUAAGCACUGUCGGGAGCGGCCGCGCUCCAUGGUUGUGAUCGAAGUGUUCACUCCUGUGGUCCAGAGAAUCCUCAAACACAAUAUGGAUUUUGGAAAGUGCCCUCGACUGCGUCUUUUCACGCAGGAGUACAUCCUGGCUCUGAACGAGCUCAAUGCGGGGAUGGAGGUAGUCAAGAAGUUCGUCCACAGCAUGCACGGGCCCACCGGGCAGUGCCCCCACCCCCGGGUCCUGCCAAACCUGGUGGCAGUGUGUCUCGCCGCCAUUUAUUCCUGUUAUGAGGAGUUCAUCAACAGUCGGGACAACUCCCCCAGCCUGAAGGAGAUUAGAAAUGGCUGCCAGCAGCAGAACGAACGCAAACCACCCAUGCCGCUGCGCCUGCUGCGCCCUGAGCCUCCGACACCUCCGCCUGCCACCGUCCUACCAAUUUCUGGUACCCCCAGUCCUCCUCAACUGCCUCCUCCUGCCCCCUCAAACCCCACCCCGUCCAUUCCUAUCUCCUUCCCCACACCCUCCCUACCCCUCUCCCCUCCUCCCUCCGUCGUCAACUCAAGUGAGAUCCUGGUGGAGCUGGAGCGCAACAACAACUCGGCCAACAGUAGGCAGAAGGGCGGUCCAUCGGGGGGCGACAGUGAACCCAACCUGAUCGAUUGCCUGCUGGUCAGCCCGGCACUCAGCACUCUGUCCAUCCAGCUGCCGGCGCAGGCCGACCGCGUGCUGGGCUGCUUCGCGCUCAUCCUCAAGAUGCUGUCUGACUAUGAUGAUUGGAGACCUGCUCUCGCCAGCCUGCUGCAGCCCAUCCCCUUUCCUAAAGAGGCCCUUGCACAUGCCAAAUUCACUAAGGAACUGAAAUAUGUAAUUCAGAGGUUUGCUGAGGACCCGAGGCAGGAGGUCCAUUCCUGCCUCCUCAGUGUGCGUUCAGGUAAAGAUGGCUGGUUCCAGCUCUACAGUCCAGGAGGGGUGGCCUGCGAUGACGAUGGAGAGCUGUUUGCCAGUAUGGUCCAUAUUUUGAUGGGCUCCUGCUAUAAGACCAAGAAGUUCCUGCUCUCGCUGGCGGAGAACAAGCUGGGUCCCUGCAUGCUGCUGGCCCUGCGUGGAAACCAGACCAUGGUGGAGAUUCUGUGUCUGAUGCUGGAGUACAACAUCAUUGAGAACAAAGACACUCAGCUGCAGAUCAUCUCCACCCUGGAGAGCACCCAGGUGGGGCUGCGCAUGUACGAGCAGCUCUGUGACCGACAGAGAGAGCUCAAAGAACUGCAAAGGAAAGGAGGCCCCACCCGGCUUACUCUGCCCUCAAAAUCCACGGAUGCAGACCUUGCCCGUCUGUUGAGUUCAGGUUCUUUUGGGAAUUUGGAGAACCUGAGCCUGGCCUUCACCAACGUAACCAGUGCCUGUGCCGAGCAGCUCAUCAAGCUGCCUUCACUCAAACAGCUCAACCUCUGGUCCACACAGUUUGGGGAUUCAGGGUUAAGGUUGUUAUCUGAGCAUCUGGCCUGUCUUCAGGUUUUGAACCUGUGUGAGACUCCAGUCACUGAUGCUGGUCUGCUCGCUCUCAGUUCCAUGAAGAGUCUUUGCAGUCUGAACAUGAACAGCACCAAGCUCACAUCUGACACAUAUGAGGACCUCAAGGCCAAACUGCCUAACCUGAAAGACGUUGAUGUUCGGUACACAGAGGCCUGGUGAUCAACCAGGCUCACUCAACCCUUACACACAACCAGGCAGACACAUCAACAUAUGCACACACUGCACACAGGCUCCAAUUCAUGACAAGAAUAUUGUGUAGUUAUGUCAUCUCCAUCGUUGCCCAUCAUUAGACCAGGAAAUGUGACAUCAUCCCCGCGUAAAUAUCACCUGAUGUGACCAGAGGAGGAGCCUUCACAAGCUACAUCACAACCCCUGUAAUGACAUCAUCACUGGGUAUCAACUGUCAGCAACACAAGGAAUCUUUAUUGACUUGCAGCUUCCCUUAUCUUUUCACCAAUAUUCCAAGGACCUGAUGAUUAGAGGAAAAGCGAACCGCUGUUACAUUGUGACAUGCAGGACACUUUUCUCUGGCUGAGCUUUUGCCCAGUCUUUCAGAUGUCUCUCAGUUCCCAUGUCCAGUCCAGGUGCAGCUCUCCAGCCGAUGCUCUCCCACCGCUGUUGGUGUGUCGUGAGGAAGAUCUGAGCCUUCCCAUCUGUUUCUCUCUCCUGCGCUUGUACCAUGAAAGCUGGAUACCGCAGCUUACAUUCCAGUUCUUCUCCAAACUGAUCUGCGAAGUAGCUCUCAAAGCAGACGUGUUGAACUGAACCUCAGUCCUCACUCUCACACUCUUUGGCUUUAGUUUUCAGGUUGUGAUUCUAAUAUGUUCAAAUGUUUUAUUGGGAAACAGAGGUGCUGCCUCUUAGAAACAAAGAGUUGCAAGACUGUGCCUGUUUAUCUUUCAUGACAGGUUCUCGCAAAAAAAAAGAAGGUUUUUAUCAACUUGAAUGGACAUAUUUUUCCAGACAUCUGUGCUUUCAUAUAUUGUGUGUUUCUUUAUAAAACAUAUAUAUGAUGAUAACACCCAGUGAUGAUAUUUUGGAAACAGUUUGGAAACUCUGCAGGAAAGUUCAACGGCAACAUUUGUUCCUUUUUCGUUUGUUUUCACUGUACAUACUGAUGAUCUCCAAUUACUAUUUAAUAACCGUUGUGUAGCAGUAGUUGGGUUGUCUGGGACUGCCUAAUAUUUAUAUGUUUUUUUUUAAAGCCUUCUUAACUCUGUCUCUCUUGGAUUGUGUCCUUACGAUAAUGAAGUACACAGGCCCUGUUGUCUUUCUUUGUAAGAUACAACACAAGCCCCCCAAGAGGGCCCCAUACACAGAUCUCUCUGUACAAUGUCAUGAUGGUAACAUAGAUCUGUGAAGUGGACUCAAAUUGGACCUGAACCAUCACCAGCUGAGAGUUGUGUUUUUUCUUAUUCUUUGAUAUUUUCGGAGAUAUAAAAAGAAGAAAUGCAACUUGCCAAACUUUGUCAUUGAAUUCAGUUUAUGUUUGUGCACUUGUGUCUUUGGGCAAACAUAAGUGUGUUUUCAGUACUGACGAAGUUUCAAGUGGAAGCUGCCUGUGGAUAGACACUGACACUGUUUGGAUUCACGUCACUGACCCCUAGCUGAGGUCAGGGGGAGCAGUCUCAGUGCCUAUAAUGGAGCUGUGGAUGAGUGGCCUAUUGGUAUCUUACUAUAUGUCACACCACCUGUUUUAAAUUGUUCUGCUGUUCUUAUAUUACGCCAUAAUGAAUGGGUUACAUUCUUAGGCUGUUGGGGUGAACAAUUGUCAUCAGUGGAUGGGACAAAAUCAUUGUACAUAUUCUUUCACGGGCUAUAAGGGACAAAGGAUAGGAAAAAGGCACCUUUUGGCCAUAUCUGCCUUUCUGCAUUCCCUCAAAAUGUUGCCUGUUGGUAUUGUGGCAGCAUUACAUAUGAUGUGGUAACUGCCCAGUUUAUCAGAAGCUCCUUUUCCUCUCUGUCUAGAUGUGGUUUGGGUUGCAUUGGCCCUAUAAAAAGCAAGACAUGUCAGACUUCCUCUCUGUUUCCAGUCAGCCUUGCUCUGACUGCACCCAUCCAUUUUAUUUAUUUGUGUCGACCUCCGAAAUGCUUAGGGUUUGUUAAACCAACACCACGGCUGCAGCAGAGGACAGGAUGCCGUCCACUAUGAGAUGCUUUGUUUCUUAUUUAUUAGGUGCCAUGACAGUUUUGGCUUGUAGAUUCGGUUUAUGUACGGCCAUCUUUGGUUCCGGUUUUAGGACCUCCUGCUUUUUCAUAUCCUGUAUGAUAUACAAGUGUAUAUAGUCGUCUCUUCCCUUCUUCUCUUUCAUUUUUUGUUCAACCCCCUCCACCUUUUAUUGGCAGGCUGGUGUUGCCUUUAUCUUAUUUGUGUGUGGUGUUUUUUUCACACAAAGUGCACUGUAAUCUAACAAAUUAUGUUUUCAUAAUAUCUUUAGUUUCCAAAAUCUUUUAUUUUAUCACUUCACUUAAAUCAAAUUCUUGUGUUCUUGUUUUUUGUUUGUUUUUGCAUGUACAUGUUGCUGUGUGAUCUAUUUUUAUUUUGUAUUUUUGUUUUAUAAAAGGAUUGAUAUAUGAUAAAGGGUCGAAUCACUAUCUCACUGAGGUUAAGGACUGAAUUAGAGAUAUCCAAUCCAAUUAUAUCUGAUCAUAGUGGCCAAGAUCUAGCUAUAGUCCUGACCCGUCCUGAAGGUCGAGGCAGUUCGGGUUUGAUUGUUGUUGAUUUUUAAACAGCCAUUACCAAUGCUGGUACUGUUGGACUGACGCUGCCUCUAACUGGGAUUCAAUCGUUCAAGUUUUCCCAUUUUAAUAUUGAAUAAAACUUGCAAAUAAUUAUUGUUUCCUCAAGAAUGUGUACCAAUACUGCCAGAUAAUCAUAUCAGAGGUGGACCACACUGACUGACCGUUAUCAUUUUAAAAUAAAGUUGUUGCUUUUCAAACAUCAGAUAA